AGAGAAUGUUAAUAUUCUGAUUUAUGGUGCACAUAUAUGGAUAAGGAAAUCCACAUUAAAAUACAACGUAAUAAGUAAUAAAACACUUCAUUUAUAUAAUUAAGCUUCAUCAGUAAUUAACUGAUAAUAAUAUUUGAAAUCAUUUUAAAAACUGUGGAGCUUAUAUAAUUUUAUUCACAUCAAAGAGCCUCAGGCUAAGAAAAUUUAACACCGACACCUGGAGCCAGUUCCAUCAAGCACACAUUCUCGCAUACUAUUUAAUUAAUAUACAUUUUAAUAUUAUCUUUCCAAAUAUGCUUAAGUUUCUCAAUAGGUCUCUUCCCUUUAUGGUUUCCAAUGAAAUUUUUUACUCUGUCCUCAUCCCUCGUUUGCGUGAUACUGCACCCCCUUCCUCCUGGGUGCAAUUACUGUUUAGAGAAAAGUACGAAAUAUAAAACUUCACAUUAUGCCUUUGUCUUUGUUUUCUUAUCGCUUGCUCUCUCUUAGGUCGAAAUAUUCUCCUCCACAGGUUCUUUAAUCGUCCUCAAUUUGUUCUUCACUUACGAUUAGAGGUUAAGUUUCACACCCACAUAAAAUAUGUAAAAUUAUAGUUGUAUACAUUUUACAUAUUAGAAGAUGGAGAGAUAAAGCUAGAAAGAACUUUGGUAUUGGCAUAUCCUCCAUAUCAGGAAAUAUAAUUAUAUAGCCCCUGAGUUCGUUCUUUAAUAUAGAAAUUCAAGGAAACUCAUCAUACUUCAGAAACAAACUGUUUCAGGAUGAAAUAUCUGCCUCAUUGGUUCAUCGCCAUAGCAACAUCCACCCUGAUCUGCUGCGUGUCUGGAUCAUGCAACAAGCAACUGCUCCCAGACCUCAACUUCAUGCUGAACGGCGACAACCUGGACUGGCCCUGCUCUUCCACUAAGAGUAUUUACACCUCAUCAGGGCGAUACAUCUCUCAGCAUGUCAUCAUCACUAGGGUACAGAUCCACAAAGACGAAGCGAUCGUCCUAACUCCUCGUUACAAGACAGGUGUGCCGUUUACCGUGGGCAAAAUAUCACUCAAAUCUAAAAACUCUCAUCCUGCAAUCACUCCAUUUCCUUGCUGGAGUCUUCAAGAAGAAGGAAACUGCCAGGCACUUCAGUCCGCUGUCGAUAUAUUUCUUGACGUACAGGAUAUACUUUGGGUCCUGGAUGUUGGUAUCGUCAACACAUUGGAGCAACCGAUUAGACGUUGUCCUCCUAAGAUCGUGGCUAUCAACACGAAGACGGGUAAAGUCAUCAAAACUAUCGAUCUCUCAGAAUCAGUUUCCUCGGUUAGCAGGCUCCAGUAUAUCGUAGUGGAAUACGAUAAGGAAGGACGGUGUUUUGUAUAUGUUAGUGACGCUGCUACGAGAGCAAUACUUGUAUAUGACGUCGCUAACAGCAGAGGUUACCGCGUUGUAUUACCCAGAGCAGUGACUCAGGGUUCUGCAAGAAAAGACGUGCUUUAUCUUGCUCUGAUCAGAAAAUCCUGUGGCACGAAUGUUUUAUAUUUCACGUACUUGUCAAGUGGACACCUUUUCUCAGUUAAGACCCACUAUCUCCAUCGAGGAUCUGCCAGAGGUACUGUUGUGGAUGUUGGUCAGAAAAAUGGCAAUCUUGUUGUUCUGGGAACUGACAAUGGUUCUGCCAUGUUCUUCCGUCUGAGAGGUGAAAGUAACAUCUAUAUGUGGAACACUGAAACAUCUUUCAAGUCUGAAAAUUUCUUGCUUGUCCAGAAAGGCAACGAAUGUCGGUUAGCAACACAUGUUGUACCUGGUUACAAACGUCUCAUGUGGGUUCUGGAGUCCAACUUCCACGAUUACAUCCAGAACAAUGUGGGCUGUGCCGGUGCAAGUGUGUCUCUACAUCCGUUGGUCAAGACUUGCGAAAGCUGAGCAUCUCAGAAACUGACUCAGGAUAUUAUAUUCUUGUAGGUCUU